AUGGGCGUUCAUGGCCUAUGGCGACUUUUAGAUACCUUUGGGGAAGUAACUCAACCAGAAAUAUGGUGUGGUUGUCGUGUGGCCAUCGAUGCCAGUAUCUGGAUAGCCCAAUUCCGAUCCCGGGCCUCUUCCGACGAUGUGAAUAAUAAGAUCAUUCAAGGGUUUUUUCUUCGCAUAUUGAAGCUGUUAUUUUACGGCAUCGAGCCCGUUUUUGUGUUUGAUGGGCCGACCUCCGCCCUCAAGGCCAAGGAACACCGUCGGAGGCAAACAUUACGCCGGAUUAUGGAGCAAUCGGUGAUCAAGCGUCAGGCGCAGAAAAUUGUAUCAGCUCUUCUUUCAUCAGGGAACCUCAAUCUGUCCCAUUUGAAGCGUGAACGAGAACCCAAUGGUGAUUUAACCGAAGCGCUAGAAAUACAAGGUCGGAGGUCUCGUAUAGACCCUAAGGAUGCCGCUCUUUUGCACUACGAUUCCCAAAAGAUCGGCAUGGAAACUUCAUUGGGCUACCAAAAGGAUCAUUUGUUUUUUAGUGAAAACCCAAAUGGCAUUUCUGAUUAUCGUAAUCGAUCUCGUCCUAUCCGAAGACGGCGUUUAGCCCCCACAGAAGUUUCAAAGGCGACGAUGAUGACUUUCCUCAAGGAAGCGGAAGAUCUGAUAGAACAACGUAAGAAAGGUGAGCAAUGCGUUUUGCAUAACACAUUGCGAUACAGCAGCUCCUCACUUUUUAUGGGUCCACGAUGCGCGCUUCUGUCGGAAAAGGAAAAUAAAGUUUCCAGUUCCUUCAAAGCCCUCGAUGGCGCUCUCCCGGACAUCGUGAUGGUGGAUGAGGUCGGCCCAUGCCAGAACCACGCGGAUGUUCUCUUGAUCGACACCGAAGAUGAUUCUUCCGAAGCGUCGUUGAUCGCACUGAGCAUAAACUCUUCGCAGGCCAAACGCGAGGAAGGGGCCCUUCUUUCGCCGCCCUCGGUAGCGAUCAGUGAGGGUAACACUCCAACAAAACAUUCCAAUAUCGAGAGCGGUCCUUCUCACACCAAAAGCCGCGAUGGGGCUCUCGCAAGGUCGGCCCCCGCAAUGCCCUUCUCGGCGGUUUCGCCGUCCGAAACGGCAUUUGCGGUUCCAAGCGGGGACCCAUUCGACCGGGGGGCUUUUAACGCGGGGGAUUCGCUCGCGAGCGUGGAAGGCUCCUGGGAAUCAUCGACCUCUGACGUUGAGAGCUCUGACGGCACCAAUGGUGAAGGUGCAUUCAUGGCCGCAAGCGGAACCUUCGAAGCGAGUUUUUUGUGGGACCCCAGCACCCAGCGGCAGCGCGAAGCCCUCGCGGCCGUCCUUGAGGUCCACAAACACCAAAUGUUUUUUGAAAUAAAACCCCAAAACGACGACAAAUUCCCAAGGGUGGUCCAUGAUUUGACAGCGGCCAAUCGGGCCUCGUCCGGGACGGCCGUGAGUCGAUCGGGUGCGGUUUUAGCGUGCACGGCGGCUCUCAAUCGGCAAAUACCCCCUUUAGAAUAUGCAAACCCGCCCUUUUCCACAACGCGGGAAGGUUUGGUGGGUGAUUUUCCGCCCAACCCGGCGAAUUCGGGUGGGGAUUCGCCCCCCAAAGGGGUGCCGUUUGAGCUUUCAGGGAUUAUACGCCUGCUGGGGUGUUUUGGCAUUUCGUACGUCAUCAGCCCCGGCGAGGCGGAUGCGCAGUGUGCGUAUUUGGCCCGCCAGGGGUUGGUGGAUGCCGUCUUCACGGAGGAUAGCGACGUGGUCGUCCACGGGGCCCCGGUGAUUCUUCGGGGCUUUUUUUCCUCCAACCAAAAGGUUCUGGCCUACCGACAGGCCGAAUUGGUGGCGUGUGGGGUGGAUAAGGGGGUUUUGGUCGCCUUGGCCCUUCUUUUGGGCUGCGAUUACGCGGAAGGGAUCGCCGGGUUGGGUCUGAGCGGCGCCCUGGAGGUUCUGGUCUCGUCCUGGCUUCCCACUAAACCCAAUGAAAAGGAAGAAAAGGACAACUUUCACGGUGAAAUGGGCUUUAUUAUCUCGGUCCUUCGCCGCUGGAAGGCGUUGGUGGCGAAGAUGCCGACCUCGUGGGUCGAUGUCGGGGAGGACGACUUAUCGCUCCUACAGUUUUUGCUUUUAGAAAAGAACAAACGGUCUUGGGGCGGCUUGCACCUGCCGGCGUCGUUUCCGGAAUCCAACGUUGUUGGUGCCUUUUAUGAGCCCCCGGUGAAUCGAGACCGCACGCCAUUUCUGGCCUCGAACCCGCAAUGGCCGCGUGUCUGGCAGUUCGCCGGGGAAAACGGAUUGUUGGAAUCGUCCUGGGUGCGGGAACGUCUGGGGUUGGCCCAAAAAGAAUGGGAUCGCCGACAAAAACAAAAUAUGAUGGGGGGGACUCAAGGAGAAAAGGCGUCGAGGUCUCAACGGUGUUUGGAGGAGUUUGGCGUGCGGACAAAGCUCGGUGAACGUUGGGCCUAUAAAAAGCAGCCCUUGCGAUUGUCCGCCGUCCUGGCUCAGCUGCGAGGAAUUCAAAAGUUGGGCGCGGACGUCGAGGGAGAAUCAGUCCGUUAG